AUGGCCACUCGUGCGGUCACUAGGGCGCUCGCCUUCUCACUCUUUGUCCUCGCUCUGAACACGGGUUACGUGGCUUCGCGCAAUCUGAUACCAGAGGCGGCCCUGUCAGAUUAUGCCACCCGUCACCAGGGGAUCAUUGCCGACACUCCGACGCGAUCGGGUUCUCAGACAGAUGCUGACCAAGGCGGACGGCAACGGCCUCUGGAAUGUUUUCAAGUCGCGCAGCCAGUGCUGGGACCCCGUGGCCCUAUCUACCAAGAGGUAGCCCGCGGGAGCCUUAUGGGGGGGGACGGUGGUGGUGGUGACAAGGGGAAACCGCCGGCGGACAGCAAAGAAUGUCGGGUGCAGCUCAUGGACCACUCGUUUGGUACCAGCUUCGGCAAGCCUUUCGUUGGCGAGUACGCACCUCCCGGCUGCGACUUCAACCGCGUCAUUGUAAACUUUACUGCCACGUCUGCAGGCCGCCAGCUGGACCGGCUGGCCUUGUGGUAUCUCGGCGACACGGAGGUGUGGAGAACAUCCACAGCGGAGCCCAGAGCGGCGCCCGGCAUCAUCUGGACCUAUUGGAAGGACAUGACACCGUACCUUAGCCUCUGGAAAUCUCCCCAAAAGAUUAUUUUUGACCUGCCCAACCUCAUCGACGACAGAUAUACGGGGCCCUUCAACUGCACCCUGACGGCAACCUUCUUCAGGACCGACGUGGAGAUCGACAGUGCACCACCCGCUGACCUCAUCAUCCCCAUCUCGUCGCGGAACGCAUCCUCCAACACGGGGAGUGCCUGGCAAGUGCCGGAGCGUGAGGCCGUCAGCACCGUCCAAUUUCCGCGCAAUGCCAAUCGAGCAGUCUUCUCCGUCUCGGCCAACGGCCAAGGCACCGAGGAGUUCUGGUGGAGCAACGUGCUCGAGAGCGAUGCCGCCGCCUUCAACGCCACCGUCGGCAUGGCCCCCGCCGGAAGCCCCUGGCGCGAGGUUCAGGUCAUCAUCGACGACCAGCUCGCCGGAGUCCAGUGGCCCUUUCCCGUCAUUUUCACCGGGGGUGUCGUGCCCAGCUUCCACCGGCCGCUCGUCGGCCUGGACGCCUACGAUCUGCGGGAACACGAGAUUGACAUCUCCCCCUGGCUCCCAGUCCUGAGCGACGGCAAGGAGCACACCUUCAAGAUCAAGGUCGCUGGCAUUGCCGACCAGGGAGACCGUGUGUUUGUUAAUACCACCGUCGGUAAUUACUGGGUUGUGUCGGGCAAGAUCUUUGUCUGGCUCGACGACGAGGGUUCUGUCACGACUGGUAAACCGCCCACGGUCUCCGUCCGCGACCCCGAGAUCCGGAUAUCGGGUCGCGCCGUCGGGAAGAACUCGACCGGCGCCAACGAGACGCUCGUCUUCAACCUCGACGUGACGCGCUCCAUAUCGGUCAAGGGCGAGGUGGUCUCCAAAAAGGGGACCAAGAGGCCCGAGUGGACCCAGAACUUGUCCUACAGCAACAAGGCAUCACUGGGCCAGUUCGGCCGCAACGGCUUCAACAACUUCGUCAUCGCGGGAACCGACGCGCUGCUCAACGGGCUGGUCAGGUACCAAUCGACGUACUCGUACCCGCUGAUCGUCAACCAGACCGCCAACAUGACGGCGGCCGGCGACCUCAGCCUGGACGCCACGCUCUUCCAGGAGCUCAGGCUGGAGGUCGAGGGCGCGGGCGUGUACCCGACGGGCCUAGAGGCCUACAACGCGCCGAACCGCGGCAGGCAGGGGCAGGGUACGCGGUACAGCGUGUCAAAGCUGUCGACAUUUCGCAACGGCACGGCCGUUUUCAACAUGCCGGCCGACAUGAAAAGCAGUUCUGCGACUGGCACGACACGGCAGGUGUUCCGGUUCAGCGGUGGUCGGGACGGGGCACGUGAUGUCGAGUUGUAUAUGAGGAGUGUAAAGGCCAGCAACAACACGGUGGUGUCGGACGAAGAAAGGUCUGCCGAUGGCCGGGGGAGAGUUUUGUCCGUCCCAAGCCUUUCAGGAGGCGCCAUUUAA